AUGGCUCGUCGGGGUCGUGAUGGUCUUGGUGGCCGCGAUUUUCGUGAUCGCUUUAUUCGUCUGCCAGGUGCUUUACAAAGUGGUCAUUUGCCUGACCAAGGUGUCGAUAUUGUUGCUCUACGUGCGAGUCUUCUCGAUAGCCAAGAACUUCACACGAUGCUGUAUUGCAAUGAUUGUAUUCACAAUCAUAUCGGGGAUAGCUUUUCUCGGCCCAACGAUCUGGCAGUGCAGACCAAUUGCCUCCUACUGGGACCGUUCCAUAAAGCACGUUUGUAUAAUGUCUGCAUAACUAGCAUCAUCCGAACUACCAGCCUUGCUGCAUCAUCGAACCUACAGGAUGUCACCUGGCAUACCAUCGGCGUUUCGGUCUGGAGCACAAUCGAACUCAACACAGGCAUCAUUUGUGCCUGUCUCCCCAUGAUCCGCCAACCGCUCUCGUUUAUUUUCCCCAACCUCUUCUCCGCCUCGGAUCGAAGCAAUUCCCACCCAUACGAGCAUUCAUAUAUGACUGCCUCGCGGCACAAAUCCCGCUGUGAUCGCUCUGUGCCGACGGCAAAUCGGAACUUAACCUGGACCCGAGACCAUGCCGACCACGUAUUCAUUGCGUCUGUGAAACCGGGUGCGCGGGACGGAUACAUGCAUCGAACAGAAAGCGAAGAGAACAUGAUAGACCUCGAACGUAUGGAUGCCAACGGGAAUGGGAUCAUAAAGACCACAGACGUGUCUAUCUCAGCGUUCACGAGGUCUGACUAUGGUUCCUCGCCGUCACAUCGCACGAAGUAA